AUGUCCUCGCAGCAGGAAAGGAAGCGGACCAUUUAUGUAGGCGGGUUGGGUGAAGGAGGAGUUUGCGAUCCUGCCGUGUUGUUGCGACACUUUGCACCUUUUGGGGAGAUCGUGGAUGUCGACGCGCUGACGCUGCUCUGCUCCACCCCCUAUCCUCGUACAGAGGGAGCCAAUCGGGGGUUCGGCUUCAUCACAUUCUCGACUGUAGAGGAGGCGAUGGACGCGAUAGACAACAUGCAUCUCAAUGAAGUAGAAGGUCGCAUCAUCAACGUCAACAUUGCACGCGCACCAAAGGCUUCUGCAGCUGGCGGUGUAAAUAGGCCAAUAUGGGAAGAUGAGGAGUGGAUCAAAGAGAAUGCUGCGCCGCUACCUGGGGGUCUGCCGGAUGCGCCUGCGCCUGAGCUGAACGCCGAGGCAUGAAUGAAGGCUCUUUGCUGGGCUGAAGCUUGGACUCCCGAGGCUGGCGAAACAGGGCGCUGCAAUGACUGCGCUGUGCUGGAUAAGUGGGGUGGGACAUCUCUGAUGGACAAGAGUAGUCAGAGCAACGGCGCCUCAAUGACCGGACUGUGAGCCUUGACCUGGGACACUACCGAUUUGAGUCACGAAGAAGGGGACACUGCCGACUGGGGACACGACGCAAGG